UUGAGGAUGGAUGCAUAUGGGGACGCAGAAUGAAAACAAAAAUACAAAAAACCCCAAAAAACCCAACUCCUCUUCAGUUCCACACAGCAGUACAACAGGAAUGGCAGAGAGAAGAGCAAAGCUGUGGGGUGAGCACAAAAGGCCCGCGCUAGUGCCAGCGUUUCAGUUGCUGCCGGCUGGACAGCUCCUGGAUGACUUCCGGUCCUGGGGUGGACCAGUGGGGCAGGUAGGGUUCUUGGUCCCACUGGGACUGACCUCUGUUCUCCUGCUUGUUAAUAGUAACGGGAACUAAGACUUAAAGACGAGGAAUAAAACCUCAACCGCCUUGCUUUUUGUUUGAGUUUACAUCGCAAACCUGCAGUAGUGAAGGGAACCUCUCCUAGGGAGAAGCUCCGGAGCGCAGCGCGCAGACUUCUCUGAGGGCCAGCGCGGUGGCUCAGUCCCAGGAGUCACAAACUUGCCAGGAUUAGAAGCAAAUCAGUUAAACCCACCUCGUGCUCAUUGCACUUUUCGAGACAUUCGAGUGCAUGAAAACUCCUGCGGGUUCCUUGGAAAAAGAGAAUAUGCCCCCCAGGUCUCUUUCCAACCUCUCCUUGCCCGCGGAGGCGAAUGAGAGCGAGCUUGUUCCCGAGGUGUGGGAAAAAGAUUUCCUGCCGGGCUCAGACGGGACCACCGCGGAGUUGGUGAUCCGCUGUGUGAUCCCGUCCCUCUACCUAAUCAUCAUUACGGUGGGCUUGCUUGGCAACAUCAUGCUGGUGAAGAUAUUCCUCACCAACAGCGCCAUGAGGAGCGUCCCCAACAUCUUCAUCUCUAACCUGGCGGCUGGGGACCUGCUGCUGCUGCUGACCUGCGUUCCAGUGGAUGCCUCCCGCUACUUUUUUGAUGAGUGGGUAUUCGGCAAGCUGGGCUGCAAACUCAUCCCCGCCAUCCAACUCACCUCGGUGGGGGUUUCUGUGUUCACGCUCACCGCCCUCAGCGCUGACAGGUACAGAGCUAUCGUGAACCCCAUGGACAUGCAGACUUCUGGCGUGGUGCUGUGGACCAGUGUGAAGGCUGUGGGCAUCUGGGUGGUCUCUGUGUUGUUGGCUGUCCCAGAAGCUGUGUUUUCGGAAGUAGCACGAAUUGGUAGCUUGGAUAACAGCAGUUUCACGGCAUGCAUACCUUACCCGCAAACAGAUGAGCUGCAUCCAAAGAUUCACUCAGUGCUCAUUUUUCUUGUUUAUUUCCUCAUACCACUUGUUAUUAUAAGUAUUUAUUAUUAUCAUAUUGCAAAGACUUUAAUUAAAAGUGCACACAAUCUUCCAGGAGAAUACAAUGAACAUACCAAAAAGCAGAUGGAGACCCGGAAACGCCUGGCUAAGAUUGUGCUUGUUUUCGUGGCCUGCUUUGUCUUCUGCUGGUUUCCCAACCACGUCCUUUACUUGUACAGGUCUUUCAACUACAAGGAAAUCGACCCUUCCCUUGGUCACAUGAUAGUCACCUUAGUGGCCCGGGUUCUGAGUUUCAGCAAUUCCUGUGUCAAUCCCUUUGCUCUUUACCUGCUAAGCGAAAGCUUCCGGAAGCAUUUCAACAGCCAGCUCUGCUGCAGGAGGAAGUCCUAUCCCGAGAGGUCAACCAGCUACCUUCUCAGCUCUUCUGCUGUGAGGAUGACUUCUCUGAAGAGCAACACAAAGAACAUGGUGACCAGUUCUGUCCUGAUAAAUGGGCAUAGUGCAAAGCAGGAGAUAGCACUGUGAUAGGAGGCCAUUCAACUCACUCUUGGAACAUCCCGUACAGACUUUGCUAUUAUUAUUGAGCAAAACCAAACUAAAUAAUUUCCACAUGCAUACUAUUCCCUAGCUGACUCAAGAACAAGACAAAUAGUUUUCUCUCAAUAAAAUUUUGCAUUACACCAUGUACAUUUAUAUUAAACACACAUAACUCAGAUAUAUCUUUUGCUAACAUUGAUUUACAAAUUCCCUGGAAUUUAAGGCAUUGCAAUAAGCAACUGUGCCAUAUUUACUUUAAAUUCUUUUUAUUCUAAAUCAUAGAGAAUAUUUCCAUACUGAGUCAGUAAUUUGGUGAGAGAUAAUAUUCAAACACCUAUUAUUGGUAAUAAACACAUCAUUCUGAUGAGUAAAUUUUAUUUAUAACUAGUAUAUAUGUAUAUAUCAAUUUUAGCCCCCUCAAGUGGAGUUUUAUCAUUAUCCAUCAAUAUUUAUGGUUCUUUACAUAAUUAUAAUUUUUAGAAAUGUUUCUAAGUUCAAGAUAAAGUUUUGGAAAGUAUGAUAACAUUUUUAUUAUGAAUUGUAAGUUGAUAUAUGAAUGUGUAUAUGUAAAACAGGUAUUCUAUGCUCCAAAUUCCAAUAACAAUACUCAGACUAUUGCAUGACCAUUUUUGUAAGCAGUUAAAUUCUUGACAAUUUGGUUGCUUCUGUGUAGGUAAUACAAUUUGUAUAAUUCUGGUGAAAUCUCAUUUGCUCUUGCAUCUGCCAGCUGACAAGUGUAUGGGAUCUCAGGCACUUUUCUCUGCAUGAUAUCACAGUUUUCUCU